CCACUCCCUAUCGCGUUGGCCUUCAAUUAUCGUAGGGGGUAUUCGUGGAAGUUGCUAUAGGAAAUCUAUAGCUCUGGCGUUAAUUAGACAUUAUUUUCAUGAAAAUUUGAUUUGACCGAAACAUUUAACCACCUGACUCAAGGCGAGGAUAACAUUUCUCGACAGAUCAUUUAUGGAGUUAAGCACGUAUUAAGAUAAUAUGCGGAAGGUGCUAUAGGCUAGGAAUGCCGUAGCCGACUUGUAGGCCAACUGAAUUAUCGUCAAAUCGGGCUUAACUCCAGUUGGAGGCAUAAAAGAUGGUUGCAUUUGAAGAACAUUUCUGGGGAGAGAGAUACAAUGGUUUUGAUGUUUUGCAUGCAAACUUUAGACAGGGAAGCAAUGCUACAAAAGAAUUUCUUGAAUUUGUCAAAGAAAGAGUUGCAGUUGAAGAGGCUUACAUAAAAUCACUUCAAAAGGUGGCAAACAAAUGUCCAAGUGCAUUUGGCCACAUUGGGUCAUUUGAGCCAUGUUGGAAGUUUUUGCAAAGCAACACAGAAAAGCUUGCCAGUAUUCAUCAGCAAGUUGUACAAAACCUAAAUGAUGUCACAAAGGCAUUAAAGGAAUAUGGUGAAGUUCAAAAAGAAAAACAGAAACAGUUAAAAGAUGAGUUUACAAGCAUGACAGAACUUGUUCAGAGUAUCCAGGCUCUAAACAAUUCUGUAUCUAAGGCCAAAGAAGCAUAUCAAGCCCGAUGUGUGGAAACGGAAAAAAUGAGAAAAGAGUGUAACAGUAGCAAAGAGAUACCAGCUCUAGAAAAGGCCGAGAACAAACUAAAGAAAUCUUGUGAAGAAUACAAGAAUCUUAUCGAAAAGCGAGAAAGUACAAGGAAAGAUUUCGAAGCUAAAUUUACGGAAACAGGCAGGAAAUUUCAGUCAUUGGAAGAGGAACAUUUAACGGAAGUGCUUGCUUUUCUUGGAAAGUAUGGCAACUCUUUGACGACUGAAAGAGUAAUGCUGAACCAGAUAAUCGAAGAAUUCUCCAAAAAUAUGGACACAUUUCAAGUUUCAAGUUUGCUAGAGCAGUUUGUUUGUUCAAAAGAGACUGGCAAGGAAAAGCCAGCGGUAAUGGAGUUCGAAGAGGUUGCAUUGUCUGUUCCCCCAGUUGACACAGACGCCAUUACAAGUAAAGAGAACGAAAAGAGAAAGGCAAAGAAAGAAAGGAAGACUAAAAAGAAGAAAGAAAAGGCGAACGGGACAAUGCAAACACACGGAGAUCAAAAGAAAACUGAAGUGGGCGUCGAAGUCGACGAGGAUGGCUACAGUAUUCGCCCACCUGACCCAGACAAUGCCAGUUUGAAGUCUGGAAAGUCAAGAGACAGUUUUUCGUCAAAUUCUGGAUCGGAUACUGAUGACGAUGAGCCGCGUAAAAUUCAAGUGAAAAUUAAGCCGAAAGAAGAUACGCAAGCAAGCAACAUUUCCAUCGAUGCACUUAAAACCGUCAGUGCUGGCUUGACCUUGUCGUCACCUGGAACAGUGCACAAGAAAGUUCUUGGAGGUGCUGCACUUGACAUGAAAUCAAAGAAACUAUCGAGGUCGAACAACGCCCUUCUUGACCUUGAGCAAUCAAGUAAUUCGGACACUGCUAGCAUCAAAAGUCUGCCGUCAACAACGUCACUAGAUGCGUUUCAGCCUACGUUUUUUGGCAACAUGUCUGGUAGCGUAUCUGGCAAUACUUCUAAUGACAACAGUGCAAACGAUUUCAACAGCUUGUUCAAUUCCGGAAUAUUUGACUCGACGCCUUCCAUUAACUCUGAUUGGGCGAAUGACCUUGGAAUGUCCAAUGGCAAACCUAAGUCAACGUCAGAAGCACAACGUGAGGAUGACGACACGCCACCGCCACUCCCUACAAAGCAUCAUGUCUCGCAAGAGGAACCGAAGACCCUUCCAAGAAGUAGCCGGGUAGUUUCACCCACGAACGAAAUGACAAAGAGCCAAAGCGACAAUUCAAUAGAUAGACCAGUUCCUUUGCCAAGAGUUAAGACUGUAUCUGGAGGUCAUCAGUUCCCCUCUCUGGCACCCCCAGUGGCUAAUCGAAGAAAUACCUCGACGGGAAGAAUGCAGAACCGUCCUUUGCCGCCACCGCCAACGCAACAGGCUCAGCAGCCGCAAAGCUCACUGCUCGAUCUUAUGGAUAUUUUUUCCACACCUAUCAAUACACUGGCAAUCACCACAAAUCAAACCAACAACCAGAGCGAAACAAACUCUCUUGAAGACUCUUUAGGGACUUCAUCUCCAUCCUUACAAAGCACCGGAGUUGUUUCAUCAGUUAACACCACGGAAACGAACACCACUGCGUUUUCAAACAACGCGACGCGCGGUGAUCAGCAGGCUCCGUCCACUGCACAAACCAAUGCUGUUUCUCCAGAGAUAAAGCCACAGGCUAGUGUAAGCAACCGAACCACUCCAAUCGCAGUGGCAUUUAUAGAGAUCGUUCACGUCCACUUACCGGUGGCUGAAAAAGUGCAGCCAAUGGUGAAAAUCACUGGAAACAUCACGAUAUCGUUUUCUUCUUCAAUCAUCCCUUUGUUAGUUAAAAAUCCAAGUCCUUCGGUUCUCAAGUUCGAUGUUAAUGGAACUAAUUCGCUGGAACAGAUCUCCCCGGUUAAGGCACUCGUCGAAAAGGAAGGACAGCUGCCUGGUGGAGACACUCUCUGCUACAAAUUCAAUAUGGCAGCGCUGACUGAAUACUUGAAGCAACAAGCUGAGCAAAACCCUGCUCAGUAUUACAAUAUCGACAUAAUCAAGUACAAGGUACGAAGCGAUGGCAUGAAAACCGUCCCUUUACAACUUCGCUCAUAUUGGAGGUGCGAUGAAAAAAUGACGGAUCUUAAAAUAGACUAUGAGUAUAAUUCACUGUGUAUGAAACCCCCGUCGAGUUUAUCAAGUGUCUCUGUAAUUGCGCCUGUUGACGGAGGGGUCGAAAUCAUGCAUUCGAAACCGAGUGCUUCAUGGUCAGGGGAACAUCAGCGAGCUGUGUGGAAAAUUCCUAUUAUCUCGCAAAACUCGGAAAACAAAGGUUCUGGUUCGCUUCGAGCAAGAUUUGAAGUUUCAAGUGGGCCUAGCACUCCCAGCUCCAUAGCAGUUCAGUUUACGUCAGAAGGGUCGACAAUUAGCAAUAUGAGUUUUGAUCUAAAAUCUCCUGGUUACAAAUUGUCGCUUGUAAAGAAAAAGUUCACAAGUGGAAAAUAUGUGGCAGAACCAGUCACAAUUGCUGAUAAAUCAUGAAAUGACGCAAACAGAUGUGGAUUUAGUUGCAGUGUGGGGAUAUGGGAAGGUCUCUGAGGCUAUUGUGAUGGACAAUUUGUAUACCAAGGGAGUAAUGAGCGUGGUUAUUAAAGAUUGUAUGCAUCUUAAAUGAUCGAGGUAAAUUCUUUCGCGAAAUACGUACAUGACAUCGCUCGCAAUAGCUAUAUCUAGGUGUUGCGUGGUGAAAAAUGCUCAUGACGUCACUUUUUUAGGCUAGAAUUGCUCGUGACGUCACUGGCGUUUUUUUCCACGUGGAGCAACAUUGUACCAAAGCCUGAAGACCAUAGACGACAGAAACGUGGAUCUUUUGCAGUUGGUCCUUACUUAAAAAUUAGGAAAUUGUUUAAGCCAUGAAUUUUAAUCCUGUUUCUUUGUUUGGAAGCCAUAUUCACGUCUCCAAUUCAGAGUUGAAGUUGUGUUGCUUCUAUUGUAUUCGCGGUUUAAACAUCUGGCGUCGUCUAUGUAGAGCGUAGACAAAGUUUCAGAACAACUUUCUUCGUGAAUAGAACGACUAACACAAAGUAUUACUAUGAGCUUUGUUAAGAGCACCGGCAUUGUCAUUUUCUCCAUCCCUUUCUAAGCAUCUAAGUCAUUUGUUUUGAUGUAUGUAUGGUUAAGCAUAGUUGCAACAACCAUUAUCUUAGCAAACAGUCGACACAUAAUCUCAUCUGUUAAGUUAAAAAGCAAAAUAAAUGGCUCAAUAUACCGAUGCAGUUUCUAGUGUUGAGCUGGUAAGGUGUAUUGUCGGUGUUCCUAAUACUUUUCUGAACUCGUGGUCAACCGUCCUUCUUUAUCACUUGCCUGUAAAUUUUUAAUCGCCUGUAUAUUUUAUAUCAAUUAACAGACCUAGUCGGCAUCUGCUUCUAAAUUCUCCAAUCUUUUUCUGAACUAUCCAGUUUUUCAAGGUUCAUACCAUCAAAUUUCUCACAUUUAAUGUUUUGCCUUGAGCAUGAUGGUCUCAUUACGCCAAUGUAGAAUGUAAGGGCCAUGUCUGUUUCCCACAUUUUCUUAUGCUCUAACAAGUUAAAAUAUUGAGUCAACUUAAACUUAGGCCUAGAAUGAUUUAUCAACUUCAAUCCCGACAGCGCCCAACGCACACCCGUUCUAUGAACUUAUAAUACUUGAUGUAUAGUUUUUCUGUGAUUAUCCGCAAUUUGACGCCGUGCAUCAUGUUAGUGUUGUCAUUAAUUUUUUGAAAGGGAUUAAAGCUAUAAUUUUUAUAAUUCAUGUAUUUAAGCGCUGCUGCCAAUCUGUUCCAAAUCAUGCUUAACACAAAAGUUGCUCCGGACCUGUCUACGUAACUACCGCGUACUACUGUCUGUCUCAGAGGUUUUAUUACUAAAACAAAAACGCAUGUGGAAUUUCGAAAAGAACAAGCGUAGAAAAGAAAUAUUGCUGAGAUAUGUGGACAGAUAUUAAGUCACUGCUGGCAUGGAAAAUCUACACGGCUUUUCACUGCUUUUUUAGGAGUAAGAAAUUGCUUCACCAAUCUAUUACCGUGGAUUAGCGUUUCUAGGCUUCUGAGAAGAUCAGUGUUGACGGUUGUUCUUUUUCCUUGUUUAAGGUUUGAAAACUUCUUGAGUUUUUUGCUGUAGGCACCUACUUUUUCCUCAUCUUGGCUUCCACCUCUAAAAUGAUGUCUUUUGACAAAGAGUAAAUAUCGUUGUGCUACGACUGGCUUCCAUUAAUUGCCCUUUUACGUCGAAUUGAACGUCUUACAAUUUAUGUAUUAUUUUUAAUACAAACGUACACCAGUGCUCCCCAUAAGUUGAUCUGAAUGAGGAAAUGCCGCACGGGUCGGGACUUAUAACAAGAGGAAUCCCUCAUGUUCCUUUCAAUUUGAUAGCCCAGGCGAAGAAUAGCACAAAAUUGGCAUUGCUCAAAUUUAACAGUUGGCAUUUGAAUUCUUAACCUCUUGCAACCGUCUAAAGGACUGGACGGCUUUCAUCGUCCGAUGCCAGUUUAGACUAAUGAUCUUAUGCAGUUCUCCUGGAUUUCAGUAAUCAAAGUAGGUAGAAAUAUUUGGAAGAUUAUUUUGCAUUUUGUUUGAUAUAUAUGUACCACAUUAGUUGUUUGUUGAUAUAAAUCAUUAAGUGUAGAAUUUGUCAUUGCCUCAUCCAAUGCUUACUUCAGCUCGUGUAGUUAGGUUGUAUUAGCAAAUUUUUUAUUGAAUUUUCGUAAUUAUUGAAUUAAAAUGAUAUUUUCUCGUCAA